AUAUUAUAAUAUUACAUAUUAUUAAGAUAAGACCAUUAUUACGUAUUACAUUACGUAUUACGCUUCCACAAUCAAAGUGAAAUAUAAUAUUACAUAUUAUUAAGAUAAGACCAUUAUUACGUAUUACAUUACGUAUUACGCUUCCACAAUCAAAGCGAAAUAUAAUUUUACAUUCUUUUUACUUUAUGCCUGUUGGUAUUCCAAAAGUUCCUUUUCAAGUUCCGGGAGAUAACGAUGCAAGCUGGGUUGACAUAUACAACCGAAUUUAUCGAGAAAGAUUGCUUUUUUUGGGCAAAGAGCUUGAUAUCCAGACCUCGAAUCAACUUGCGGGUAUUAUGAUCUAUCUCAGUAUAGAGAGUAAUAGCCGAGACCUGUUUUUUUUUAUAAACUCUCCUGGCGGAGGGAUAGUAUCUGGAUUAUCUCUUUUUGAUACUAUGCAAGCAGUGGAACCAGAUGUGCAUACACUAGCCAUGGGAUUGACCGCUUCAAUCGCAGCUUUUCUCUUGGUCGGAGGAGAAAUUACCAAACGCAGAGCAUUCCCUCACGCUCGGGUAAUGAUCCAUCAACCUAUUAGUAUGCUUAAGGAUGAUGGCUUCAAAGACUGGGUCAUGGAAACAGACGAAGUAAUGAAAAUGCAAGAAGACAUCAUAGAGGCUUAUGUACAAAGAACGGGCCAGCCCCGAUGGGUUAUAAACAAAGACAUGGAAAGAGAUAAUUUUAUGUCAGCAAAAGAAGCCAAAGAUCAUGGAAUUGUGGAUCAUAUAGUGCGUACAGAAUCGAGACCUAUAGUGAAUGAAAAACCUAUAGUGAAUGAAAAACCUAUAGUGAAUGAAAAACCUAUAGUGAAUGAAAAACCUAUAGUGAAUAACAAACCUAUAGUGAAUGAAAAACCUAUAGUGAAUGAAAAACCUAUAGUGAAUGAAAAACCUAUAGUGAAUGAAAAACCUAUAGUGAAUAACAAACCUAUAGUGAAUAACAAACCUAUAGUGAAUAACAAACCUAUAGUGAAUAAAAAAUGGAGACUAGUUAACGACAAUGGCAAUGGAAGACCACCAUUUGACGACAAUGGCAAUGGAAGACCACCAUUUGACGACAAUGGCAAUGGAACAUGCCAACUAUUAAACAACUUAUUAGAAAUGCAAGACAGCCAAUUAGAAAUGUCACGAAAGCCCCUGCUCUUCGGGGAUGUCCUCAGCGCCGAGGAAGAUGUACUAGGGUGUAUGUGCGACUUGUUCAGAUCAUGGGCUGAGAAAAAGGAAACAAUUUUUCAGUAUCAACGAUCAGUACCAGUGAAUAGAAUGGGGUUCUUCCGUUCACUAUCUAAAAAAGAUAGAUCUACCAUAUCCUUCUAUUGUCAAAAAGAUUAUGCUUCGACUCUUGCAAAGAACGGACUAACAGGAUCUCGUUGUGAAAGAUCUAUUACUGAAAAAUUUAUGAGUAGAGCCGAAGAGUGUGAACUAAUGAAAGAGGGAUAUAUAGCUCGGAGACAAAGAGUAAGAGCUUUGGUUUCGGCUGAUCGGGAUAGAGAUAGGAAAAAAAGAUAUUUUCGUCGUUUGUGGAUCACUCGAAUAAAUGCAGGAAUUCGAGGAAUGGGGGUAUCCUAUAAUUAUAGUAGAUUAAUAAAAAAUCGGUACAAGAAACAGUUGCUUCUUAAUCGUAAAAUACUUGCACAAAUAGCUAUCUCAAAUAGGAAUUGUCUUUAUAUGAUUUCCAACGAGAUUAUAAAAUAA